AUUUUUGGCCAAAGUGAGCGGACCACGUGGUCUGAUCUCGCGGAAAUCUUAACGGAUAAUUGCCGUCAAAUCGGGCGCACCCGCCCAAAUUAAUCGGCCAGAAUAAGUUUCGUUGAGCGGAACCCGUUCGCGUUGUUUUGGUUUUGGUGAUUGUUUUAUUUUAACGGUGCUAUUGGACUUUUGAUUUAUGUUAUUGAUACAUCAACGCUUUACUUGCGUUAUCAGUGGUCCUUAAGAAGUCAUCCUGGGAGCCACAUCCGGACCCGUCCCGACGCCGGGCGGGUUUUCUCCAGUAAUCUCAGCGCACAAAACGCUUUCCUUGAGAGAUUCUAGCUGUGCCGAAGCCCUUUGGAAGAUGCCGCAUAAAGAGGAGGAGUUCAUGCACCACAUGGGCCAAAACACGAUCUUCGGGUGCUCCACAGCCGGCCACAGCGGCAUCAACCAGCUCGGAGGGGUCUACGUAAACGGCCGACCCCUGCCCGACUCCACGCGACAGAAGAUCGUGGAGCUGGCGCAUUCAGGAGCGAGGCCCUGCGACAUCAGCCGAAUCCUGCAGGUGUCCAACGGAUGCGUUAGCAAAAUUUUGGGCAGGUAUUACGAGACCGGGAGCAUCAAGCCCAGGGCCAUCGGCGGCUCCAAGCCCAGGGUGGCCACGCAGCCCGUCGUCAAUAAAAUCGCAGAGUUCAAGCGGGAGUGCCCUUCCAUCUUCGCCUGGGAGAUCAGGGACAGGCUGCUCAGCGAGGGAGUUUGCAACAACGAUAACAUCCCAAGCGUUUCCUCAAUCAACAGAGUGCUCAGGAACCUGGCGUCUCAGAAGGAACAGCAAGCAUCAGCGCAGAAUGAGUCUGUCUACGACAAGUUGAGAAUGUUCAAUGGUCAAGCACCUGGAUGGGCAUGGUACCCCGGUACACCUACCGCCCCCCAUUUAGGUCUGCCCCCCGCACCCACCGCACUUACCACCCAGAUCACGAGGGAUGAAAUACAAAAAAGAGACGUGAUGCACGAGAAUACAUCCGACGGCAAUUCGGAGCACAACUCGUCGGGAGACGAGGACUCGCAACUGAGAUUGAGACUGAAAAGGAAGUUGCAAAGGAACAGGACCUCUUUCACGAACGAGCAAAUCGAUAGUUUGGAGAAAGAAUUUGAGAGGACGCACUAUCCAGACGUGUUCGCGAGGGAAAGGCUUGCAGAAAAAAUUGGAUUACCUGAGGCACGUAUCCAGGUUUGGUUUAGUAACCGAAGAGCAAAAUGGCGUAGAGAAGAAAAACUGAGAAAUCAGAGACGGGUUGUGGACCAAGUUACAGGAGGAGUUAGUCCUCCUGCUCCCACAGGAAGAUUACCUAUCAAUUCUGGUUUUAAUUCCAUGUAUUCAUCUAUUCCACAACCUAUUGCUACCAUGGCAGACACCUACAGUUCGAUGCAGAGCGGUUUGAGCAGCAGCUGCUUGCAGCAGCGCGAAGCUGCGUACCCUUACAUGUUCCACGACCCUCUGCACACGCUAAGUUCGUCGUACAACUCGCGUGCCGCCGCGGCGGCGUGCAAUCCUGCGGCCGCGCAUUCGCAGCCUUCCACGCAUCCCUCGUACGGCGCGGCCGGCCCCCCCACCUCCGUGCCGGUGUCCACCGGAACCGGCGUGAUAUCUGCCGGAGUUUCGGUGCCAGUGCAAAUCCCGAGCCAAAACAGCGAGCUGUCGUCGAACCUGGCGGCCAAUUACUGGCCCCGCAUCCAGUGAUCUCAACUUUUCGGCUUUCCGCCGCCCGGCCUGCUGGCCGUGCACCAGGAAAGUCCGGUCCUGCAGCACCACCAGCAGCCGCCGCCUCUGACGCCCCCCUCUGCGGCCGCCCCCAGUCCCCGUACCCCGUCCUAAUGGACGCAAAACGCUUUUCCACGGCCACGGAACGUCCUGCCGCGCCACCUACCGGUCGGGUAGGCAACCCGGACGUCAGGGUACUUGUUAAAUAGUGUAAAUAUUAAUUUUAGUGCGAUGUACAUACACUUUUCAAUUGUUCAAUUAUUUACGCUGGCUGAAAGGUUUUUAAUCCAGGUCCGCCAUUUUAUUUU